AUGGACGCCCUUGACAACGUCGUAGAUCCUUUGAGGAACUUCGCCAAGGACAGCGUCCGCCUCGUCAAGCGUUGCCACAAGCUCGAUCGUAAAGUGGGAGGCGAUAUAUCUUCAGCCCAAGCAGUUCUACUCGGAGCUUUAGCUCAUGGUGUUAACGACCCAACAUGGAAUACACUAAAAUCAACGUUUCUGAUGUUGGGUAUUUGCCUUUCUGUUAUGCUGGGUUUACCUUUCUCCUCUAGUGGCUCUUUUUUGAUUCUUCAUGUUUCUUUCCUCGUUCUAAUUACCGUUGCCCUAUUCUUGCUUCUUAAUUGGUUCCUUGAACAGACCAGUUUAGUUUCUAUCGAACAUCAAAUGCAAGAGAUGGACUUGAUAGCGAAAGAUCGUACGAGAUAAUCAACAAUAAUCAGUUUAACUGGAUGAAUUAGUUGCCUUUUUUUCUCUAACAUUUGGAUAGUAUUACAAGUGAAGAUGU